GUAAACAACACAAGCGCCUGUAUCGUCAGCUGCUCGCACGUGUGGAGCUGGCUGUAAAAAACGAUAUUGUAGACGUUGCGGAGGUAAUUAUUCCAACAAUGUCCUCAGUUGAGUCUUUGAGAGAGUUUGUCACCGAGCGACUCACUGCCGCUGCUCAAGAAAUAUUCGGAGUCUUUGAAAAAACUAUCUUCCAGUACGAGGAAGAGGUCGACCGUCAGCGCAGACUGCUGGAUGUCGUUUGGAAACCUGCAAUAAAGCUACACAGGAUAGAGCUCCCAAAGCAACAUGUCUGUGAGGAGGAGGAGGUUCUCUCUGACCAGCAGCUCUGUGUUCAGGAGAGGAACUCCAGUCUGGACCAAGAGGACCCAGAGCCUCCACAGGUUAAAGAGGAACAGGAGGAACCCUGCACCAGUCAGGAGGGAGAGCAGCUUGAACUGAAGCAGGAGACUGAGACCUUUGUGUUGACUCCUAGUGAUGAGGAAAGUGACCACAGUAAAGAUCAGACUCUGAACAUGAGUAACGAUGAAAAUCAGAGUGUGGUGGAAGAAACACCUCUAGGCUACACUUCAGUUGAAAGCUCUGUAGUACCGGAACCAAACGAGGACCACCAGCUCCUCUCACACAACUCUCAUGCAGAUAAAAGCCAAGAUCAGAAAGGAGGCGAGCAUGGAUACUCUGAAUCCACUAGUGAUGCAGAGCCAAAACCGUUAUUCAAGUGCGACACAUGUGGGAAAGAAUUCAAGUUUAAGUCAAAUUUUUUCAGACAUCUGAGAACACACACAGGUGAGAAGCCACAUUCUUGCAACGUAUGUGGGAAACGAUUCAGUCAGAAAGCAGCAUUGAAACUUCAUAUGAAGAUCCACACAGGUGAGAACUUGAAGCCACAUUCUUGCAAAACAUGUGGAAACACUUUUCGAUGGAAUAGUCACUUGGUGCGCCACAUGAGAACACACACAGGUGAGAAGCCACAUUCUUGCAAUGUAUGUGGGAAACGAUUCAGUGAGAAAUCAACAUUGAAAGAUCACAUGAAGAUCCACACAGGUGAGAAGCCAUAUUCUUGCAACGAAUGUGGGAAACGAUUCAGUCAGAAAGCAACAUUGAAACUUCAUAUGAAGGUCCACACAGGUGAGAAGCCACAUUCUUGCAAAACAUGUGGAAAGACUUUUCGAUUUAAUAGUCCAUUAGUGGUCCACAUGAGAACACACACAGGUGAGAAGCCACAUUCUUGCAAUGUAUGUGGAAAACAAUUCAGUGAGAAAUCAGCUUUGAAAUUUCAUAUGAAGAUCCACACAGGUGAGAACAUGAAGCCACAUUCUUGCAAAACAUGUGGAAAGACUUUUCGAUCUAAUAGUCAGUUGUUGGUCCACAUGAGAAAACACACAGGUGAGAAGCCAUAUUCUUGCAACAUAUGUGGGAAAGGAUUCAGUGUGAAAUCAACAUUGAAAGGCCAUAUGAAGAUCCACACAGGUGAGAUCUUGAAGCCACAUUCUUGCAAAACAUGUGGAAAAGAUUUCCGACUUAAUGGUCACUUGGUGCUCCACAUGAGAACACACACAGGUGAGAAGCCACAUUCUUGCAACGUAUGUGGGAAAGGAUUCAGUCAGAAAUCAGCAUUGACCUUUCAUAUGAAAAUCCACACAGAGGAGAACUUCAAGCCAUAUUCUUGCAAAACAUGUGGAAAAGAUUUUCGACUUAAUAGUUACUUGGUGAACCACAUGAGAACACACACAGGUGAGAAGCCGUAUUCUUGCAAAAGCUGUGGAAAAGAUUUUGGACGUAAAAGUCAGUUGGUGAACCACAUGAGAACACACACACGUGAGAACUUGAAGCCACGUUCUUGUAAAACAUGUGGAAAAGAUUUUCGAACACAUAGUAACCUGGUGGUCCACAUGAGAACACACACAGGUGAGAAGCCAUAUUCUUGCAACGAAUGUGGGAAACGAUUCAGUCAGAAAUCAUCAUUGAAAGGUCAUAUGAAGAUCCACACAGGCGAGAUCUUGAAGCCACAUUCUUGCGAAACAUGUGGAAACACUUUCCGAACGAAUGGUAUCUUGGUGCGCCACAUGAGAACACACACAGGUGAAAAGCCAUAUUCUUGCGAAACCUGUGGAAAAGAUUUUCGAAAUACCAGUAACUUAUUGGAUCACACGAGAAGAGCCCACACUGGGGAGAAACCGUUCAUCUGCAAGACCUGCGGGAACAGAUACUUUACGGCGUUUCAAUUGUCAAGGCAUGUAAGAUGGCAUACAGACAAGUAGCCUUGUAGUUGGAAGAUACAUGGGAGCUAAUUCAGUUCUUGAUUUCAUAAUUCCUGCAAAUGUUAGACCAAUUUGAUUUUUCUUUUGGUUUUAGAAUUGGUAUAUACUUCAGUAAUAUGAAUGGAUUGUGAACACAGAUGUUUAGGCUGAGAAACACUCUCUCUGUAUUGUUGAGUCAGUUAUGUUGUCAUCAUUACAAUGAGACAACUUUUCUUUUUUGUCUACAAUGUGUCAUUUAUUUGAUAUUUUGAUGUUUUGGAUUUUAUAGGUGGCACCCAAACAAAAACUGUAGAUGGUGUGCUACAUGGUGCUGUCACAAAUCAGCCAAAUCAAUAGUAAUGAAAAGUGAAUGAAUUGUAAUGAUCAGUGCUCAAAGGGAAGUGAGUAAUUAAAAGCUGUUUUUUGGUCUUAAGUAUGUAUUCUAACAAUAAAGCUUUGUGAGGUGAUGAGGUAAGAAUACCAGACUCACACUGAGGUCUAACGCUUUAAGUAUAUUCUUUUCAUCAAAGCUGCAGAUGCGUUUCACUCACAUCAAGAGUAAAAAC